CAAUCUGAAAAAACCGUAAUCCCUCCGCACAUCCUCCCGGUCCCAGCAGCCCGCGCCUCCCGGCGGCGCUUGCUCCCCGUCGGCGCACUCGCUUCUCCCCGAUUCCUCGGCGCUGCUCGCUCCACCCCGUCGUCUCUCGCGCGCAGCCUCGCUUGCCUCCCCCCUCAUCGCCCUAGCCGGCCGCGGGUGCGCCCGCGCCCCCACCGUUGCUGUGGCCUGCUGGCCGCAUGCGCACGCGCCCGCGUCCUGGUCCCCGCCUCGCCGUCACCGGAGUCGCGCUGCGCCGUUCGCCUCCUUGCCUGAGCCCUCGUGCCGCCCUCGGCCCUCCUCUCUCCUGCCUUAAAUCGGUUCUGCGGGUUGCGGUCUUGCGGAUUACGCAUGUCGUCCACCUCCUGCCUAGCCCCUCUCGCUCCGCGGCUCCCCUGCGGUAGGGUUAGGCUCCCACCUCCCUCCGCCGCCGCCGAGAGGCCAUCACUCAGAUUUAAGCCUCGCGGGGCUGCCCCCACCAAGGGAUGGAGGCCGGUUCACAUCUCGUGCUUCAGGCAGGAUCAGGACGUGUCAACAACAUCUGAUGAUGGCACCGGCUUCAAGUGCAAUGAGCAGGCAGAGAUCUCAGGGGACCCUGAUCUGAAGGAGGAAGACGGUGGAAGCCCCAACACGGAUGAUCAGAAUUAUGUAAAUGGAGGCUGGUUUGUUAGAGCGCAGAAGAUAAAGGAAAAUCUACAGGAAACAAUAUUCAGAUUUUGGAAUGGGCGCUGGGCGGUACCUUGGACUGGACAAACAAUUGCCCAGGUCAUGUUUUUGUGGAUUGCGACAUUUUGGCUUGUGGGUUCCUGGAUAGUGCCAUUCUUGGCUCAUGCUGCUGGCUUUAGCAAGGAAACAUUGACGCACAGAGGACAAGCAUUAUAUAGCCUUGUGACGGACAUAACUGAAGGCCUUGCUGGGAUUGCUAUCCUUCACCAGUGCCUUGGUAGAUUCCGUCCCCUUCCCCCAGGCUGGUUUGAGUUCAAAUUGAAGGGCAGAUGGCAUUGGGAUGUAGCGUUGGGGUGCCUGUUAUUCCCACUGGUGAAUUUGCUUUCUCACAUCAACAUCAGCCUAGUUCAUAUGUCAUCAGGGCCAGUCGCCGGGGUAUCCAGUGUAGAGCAAUCCAUUGUGGCCCGUGACCCGGUGGCAAUGGCCUUGUAUGCAGUGGUAGUCACUGUAUGUGCACCCAUAUGGGAAGAGAUUGUAUUCCGUGGUUUCCUUCUCCCAUCUCUAACGCGAUACAUGCCUCUCCCAUGGUCGAUCCUGCUAAGUGCCGCAGCGUUUGCGCUAGCGCACUUCAACGUGCAAAGGGUGUUGCCGUUGAUAUUUCUCGGGGUUGUGAUGGGAGGCGUCUUUGCCAGAUCACGCAACCUAUUGGCAUCGAUGGUGCUUCAUAGCCUUUGGAACGGUUUUGUAUUCCUGGAUUUGAUGAAUUGAGCUAUGAAGCUAUUGUUGUCCAGCUUCCGAUGUCUCCUGUGGAGUUUCCUCCUUCCUUUGUGUUUUCAUUUUGCAUGGAGAGUAUAUAAAAAGGCUAACGAAGGGUGGCGUCAGGUUGUUUUAUGUGGAGAAUAGAUAAACAGAAGACAGCAUUUUGAAGAUUUUUGUGUAGGGGUCAGAUAGCCAUAGGAAUUGUGCCCAGAAGCAUGUUUCUUACUCAUCUAAAUUGUAUACGCGUGGGAAUAAUUGCCUCGUGUACAUAAUUCCCCAUUCAUAUGUAAUUGUGCAUUUUAUUCUUGAUUAUGUGCCCAGAAAUACAAAUUCCUUGGUA